AUGGAUAAUACAAUGUUACAAUUCCCAAAAGGUGAUCAAUCCUCUUCUUUGGAUCAACAAUCAUCAUCCAACAAGGAAAAGAAAUUAGAAAAAAAACAAAUAAUGGAUAUCCUACAUGAUAAAUCAAUUUAUAAUGUUGAUUUGGAUGUAACAAAGGAUCAGAAUAGAUUAACUGUAUUAAAACAAUUACUUCAUUUCCUUCCACUUACAUUUGGUAAAGGUAUUGUUAAUAUUUCUGAUCUCAGAAAUGAUCCAGGAAGAGUUGUCGCACUCAUUGAUAGUUUAUCCCAAUUUGAUGAUUGUAAGAGAAAGAGAGAGAACGAGAGUUUAAUGACCAAGAUGGUUGUAAAUAAUUUCUUGUUUGGUGCUUCGGUAUUUAAUCUUGGUACUGAACGUCAUCAUACAUUAUUACCUGAUAUCCAAUCUGGUAAAUUGCUUGGAUGUUUUGCAAUGACAGAGUUGGGACAUGGAAGUAAUGUUAGAGCAUUAGAGACAACUGCUACCUAUGACUCUGAAAAGAAUGAAUUUGUCAUUAAUACUCCAGUUAGAACAGCCACCAAAUGGUGGAUAGGUAAUUCUGCUCAUGCCGUCAUUGCUACAGUAUUUGCAAGACUUAUUAUCGAUGGAGUAGAUAAUGAAGUUCAUGCAUUCCUUGUUCCACUCAGAAAAUCAAACGGUUAUGAUUUAUUACCAGGUGUCAAGAUUGGUGACUUGGGUAUGAAGUUUGGUUUGAAUGGCGUCGACAAUGGAUGGAUUCAAUUUGACAAUGUUAGAAUUCCAGCAUCAAAUCUAUUGGACAAGUUUGGUGGUGUAGAAAAUGGAGUCUAUCGUUCACCAAUCUCAAGUCCAAGUAAAAGAUUUGCUACCAUUUUGGCUCAAAUGAUUACUGGAAGAAUUUCUAUUUGUGCUGGUACCAUUCGAAAUUUAAAGAUUGGAUUGGCAAUUGCUUGUAGAUAUGCAACCAAAAGAUUACAAUUUGGACCAGAUUUAAAGAGUACUGAAAAUGCAAUCAUGGAUUACCCAACCCAUUAUCUAUCUCUAAUGCCAAUGGUUGCCUCUGUAUAUGCCUAUGAUGCUACCAGAAGUUAUUUGGCUAAAAAAUUCCAAGAACGAACUGGAGAAGAUGAAAUCCAUGUUUUAGCAUCAGGACUUAAAGCAUUUUUAACUCAAUAUACAACAACCUCAUUGUUGGAGAUGAGAAGAAUGUGUGGUGGUCAUGGAUACUGGGGUCUAAGUAGAUUUGGACGGUUGAUUGCCUCCAAUGAUAUCGGUAGAACAUUUGAAGGUGACAACACCCUUUUAUUGCAACAAGUUGCCAAGGACUUGUUAACCCAAUUCAAAAAAGAAUAUACCAGCAACAAAUUUACUGGAACUCUCAAAUAUUUGAGCAAGAAUACCAGUCUCUUUAUGGAUCGUAUCAAUCCAAUCACCACAAGAAGAAGUGAUGAAAAACAUAUUCUCAGUCUCAAGUUUUUACUGGAUGCCAUGGAAUAUCGUUCAUCAAAAUUAUUGAUCGAUUCUGCAAAUACCGUUGCCAAAAAUUAUAAAGAAACAAAGAAACCAUUUGAUUCUUGGAAUGUUUCAUUGGAAAUAUUAGUACAUUUAGCCAAGGCGCAUACUGAAACUAUUAUUGUAACCAAAUUUAUUGAAUCAAUCAAGGCAGUUCAAGAUAGAGAAUUGAAGGAUUCUCUAAAGAAACUUUGUCAACUCUAUGCUCUCUGUAAAAUACGUGAAGACUUUGAAUUCUUUAGAAAUACCAACUACCUCAAGAAUGGAAAGGCUAUUGCCAUUGGAAAGAUCAUCUCUACUCUUUGUUUUGAAUUAUCAAGAGAGGCAAUCACCUUGGUCGAAGGUUUCGGUAAUGAUGAAGAGUUACUUGAAUCACCAUUGGGUUUGGCAGAUGGCGACCUUUAUGAAAAUAUUUGUAAAAAAGUAGGUGGUCCAUUCUCUCCUGCCAAUUAUCUUGUAACACCAUCAAAAUUAUAA